AUGACCAAGAAUAAGCUCAUCCGCAGCGACAACUACAAUGAUCGCAAGCAUAGACUGGGCAAGGAAAAAUCGCUCCUCCGGCGUGAGCGGGCCAAGCUCGAGGAGCAGGAUCCCACGCUGCGUGUACGUCGGCAGCAAGCCCAUGUCCCAGAGACGGUAGACAUGAAGCGUCGAUUCGACCCAUCACGGCGGAGUGACCUUGUCGGGCAGCAAGUCCAAACAGACUCCAAUUUGGUGCUCAAGGAGGAAGAUGAGGCCGCAAAAGCGCAAGAGGAGGUGAAGCAAAUGACAGAGGGCAAGCGCACACUCAUUACAACGUCGCCGAACCCUACAAAGAUCUCCUACCACUUCAUGACAGUCCUGCAGAGCAUAUUUCCGCUGUCAGAUACCAUCAGGCGCGGUACAGGCAAAUAUACCAUCCCAGAGAUUGCCAAAUUUGCGUCAAAUCGCGGCUACAGCAACUUGAUUGUCGUGAAUGAAGACAGGAAGGAAGUCAAUGCCAUCAGCUUCAUCAAGCUGCCAGGCGGUCCCACUGCCUACUUCACCAUCACAUCGCUACAGCUGCGGCAGCUCGCCACACACACAACACACCACCCAGAACUCAUCCUGCAGAAUUUUACAACUGCAUUGGGUCAGAGUAUUGCAAGCAUCUUCCAGUCUCUUGUCCCGACCGUGCCGCAAAUACAGGGAAGACAAACAUUGACGCUGCACAAUUCGCGCGAUUUCAUCUUCUUCCGGCGGCAUCGAUACUUGUUUGCUGGUGCAGGUGAUAAAGUUCGCUUGCAAGAGAUUGGCCCGCGCUUCACCUUGAAAUGUCGCGAGGUCAUGAGCGGUGUAGCACGCGGAGGCGAACUCGUCUGGGAGUCCAAUGCUGGUCUUGAGUCGGAUAGGAAGCGUCUCUUCUUGUAA